AUGGAGUGGUGGGAGGAGGAAUUCGGUGACUCUGCGAAUGGGGAGAAAGAGGCGUACGAGAGCGCAGGAGAGGGGGGAAACGACGCGCAGUCGGGGGAGGAGCAGGCGGGCGCGGAGGCGGCGCGGCGGGCGGCGGUGGUGGCGUACCUGGAGGGGGAGGGCGUGGCGGUGGAGCUGCUGGAGGGCGUCGCGCUGCCGCUCGACGUGCGCGUCGUGCGCGAGCGCGUGCAGUUCCUGCGCGCGCUGCGCCUCGACGUCGCGGAGGUGAGGAGGGACGCCGGUCCACGCGCGCGAGAAGGGAGAAUGUCGGCAUUCAUUUCCCCCCCUUCCCUCCCCCCUCCUCUCCCCCCCCUCCUUGUGUGCAUCACCCUUUCCGCUCAUUUCUCCUCCCUGCGCACUCAUCCCCCCGCCCCCUUGCGCCCCUCGUCCCCGCAGGUGGUGGGGCGGUAUCCCCCAGUGCUGUGCGGGAGCAUAGCGCGCAACUACGUGCCGGUACUAGCGCACCUGGAGAGCAUCCCCAUCGCGCGCGCGCACCUGCCCGCGCUGCUCACGGCGUACCCGCGCGUGCUCUUGUCGUCCGUGCGCAUCGACCUGCUGCCCGUGCUGCACUACCUGCAAGGCCUCGCCGUGCCGCCCGCCGCGCUGCCCUCCGUGCUCACGCGCUGCCCGCACCUGCUGGGGCUGCGACCCGAGGGCAGCAUGAGCACCAGCGUGGCGUACCUCGUGGGAAUCGGCGUGGAUCCCAAGGCCAUCGGCGAAAUGAUCGUGCAGUUACCGCAUCUGCUCACCAUGCGCGCCGCCACCACCAUUCGACCCAAAGCCGAGCUGCUCUCACACGCCCUCGCGCAGCCGCUCCCCCAGGUGACAAGGUUGCUGCAGGCGCGCCCCCACCUGCUCGCACUGGACCUGCACGCCCAACUGCACCCCGCACUCGCCGCCCUGCGUGCUGCCGGCCUCACCGUCCCGCACAUGCGUGCCGCUGUCACCGCCUUCCCACACCUCCUCGCGCUGCCGCUGUCUGAUCUCCUGCCGCCCACAGUCCAGUGGCUCUGCUCUCACGCGCACGUGCCGCCUGCGGCCGUGCCGGCAGUGCUAGCAGGGCUGCCACAGCUGGUGGUGGCGGACAGGCGGCACGCAGAGGGGAAGCUGCAGCGGCUGCGGGAGAGAGGGUUUUCACAGCACCAGGUGGCGGCGCUGCUGGCGGGGUGCCCUCAGGUGCUGGGUCAGCGUGGGGAGACCAUUGAUAGGAAGCUCACAGUGCUGCUGCAGCACCGGUCGCAUGCUGACGUGGUGGCCUUUCCCCCGUGCCUGGCGUGCCGAGAGGAGGUGCUGGAGGAGAGGCUGGGAGCAGCACAGAGUGCCGGGGUGAGAGGGUCGCUGGAGUGGCUGUUGGACUGCCCUCCUGCCACCUUCCAUGAGCGCUUCAGAACCGAGUUUGUAGUGCUGCCACCCCCUGUUGAGGUGGUCAUGCAGGAGAGAGAAUAA